AUGGGCAAGCCCUUCUUCACGAUGGAGGACGCCAAGGCCUCAUUCAACCUCUUCUGCUGCGUCUACGGUAUCGGCACGCUCGGCAUGCCUGGCAACUUCUCCCGAGCUGGACCUGCACUCGCGAUCGUCGCGAUGGCCUUCAUGGCCUUCGCAAACAUCUACGGAGCUGUCGCCAUCUGCCGCGUUAUGCUGCUCGCGCCUACCUCCGUCAAGACGUACGGUGAUCUGGGCGAGUGGGUCAUGGGCAAGUGGGGUCGCUAUCUCACAGUCAUCGCUCAAAUGGGCAACUGUUUGAUCGUGCCAUGCGUGUUCCUGGUGCUCGGUGGCACGCUGCUGGACGGCCUCUAUCCUGGCGCCUUCAGCACGACAACGUGGUCUAUUCUCAUGGCACUUACCGUGUUGCCCGUUUGCCUCGUCCCAACGCUGAAGGAAGGAGCUGGCGCCGCGUUCGCGGUAUGCGGGGCCACCCCACUGCCCCUAGCGCCCGAUCUCAACUUCAAGCAAGUCGUCGGCGCCUUUGGAAACCUAGCACUAGCGUACGGUGCUGGCAUCGUCAUCCCGGCCUUGCAGCGCCAGCACAGUGACCCCACUCGGAUGUCUCGCGUCGUGUUCGUUACGAUGGCGUUCACUACGUGCUGCUUCCUGGUGUUGGCCAGUACUGCCUACUCUUCCGUUGGAUGCCAGAUAUCCGGCAACCUGCUGUGGUCGAUCUACCCCCAGGCAGACACCGGUUUGACUACGCUGGGCUUUUCGUCGGAUUGGGGCGCCAUUGUGCUCGCGUACAUGUUCAUGCAAUUGCACAUCACGAUCGCGUUCUCCGUCAUCCUGAACCCAGCCUUCUACAUCACCGAGCGUCUCUUCCUUGGUAUGCACAAGCAAGCACCCGAGGACAUUGAAAACAACCUGUUGAGCUACGCGGAGGCUGCCUCGCCCAAGGACGGAGCGGAUCACCUGGAGAAAUCUCGCCUCUCAAAGCGCUCCUUCAUCUCUGUUGCGGACAACGAGAACGUCCACCUCGGCGAGCCCGAGGCCGAAGCUGCUGAGUACCGUGGUGCCAACGCUUUCAAGUACGUCCUCUUGCGGAUCGCCAUCAUCGUGAUCUUGGUCGUCGCCUCGGUUGUCUUGAAGGACCACUUCGCGGACUUGUCCGACUUUGUUGGAGCGUCAUGCAUCACGAUGCACUCCAUCAUUCUGCCAAUUGUGUUCCUGAUGAAGAAGCAGUGGGAUGUGAUGCCGAUUUGGGAAAAGGUGAUGGCUGUGACCGUUACUGUGGUGUGCUUCUGUCUUGGUUGCUACGUCACCUACACGUCGGGUGAGAAUCUGUUUUUUCCAAGCGAUGACGGCGUGGAAUUUCCGUUUUGCGGACCGGAGUACGAGAACACCGUGUACUACAACUACACGGCUGCCCACGAGAACUAG